CCUACUACUGCGCAUCCACACUCUUGCGUCUUUCUGCGUUUUCGAUUUUUGCCACUUUCCCCAAAUUUCCACGUUUCCUGUUUCCGCCAUGCACUCCAGAUCGGCUUAAGUCUGAUUGUUGAGACGUUGAUUCGUACGCUUUUAACAACGGAUCUAACUUAUAUCCUUUCAUCUUUAUUUACAUAUUAUACCAGCCGAUUGUUAUAACUUACGACAUCAGAAGAUGAAUAGCAAUAACGACGAGGUUCUUCACUGUCCUUACAACAAGUAUCAUCGUAUAGCUAGUUCGAAAUUUCAGCGACACCUUGUAAAAUGCGAAAAGAAUUUCCCUCCUGAUUACAAAGUUAUCUGCCCAUACAAUGCAACUCAUCGUUUGAGUAAAAGUGAGAUUGAAGAACAUAUCAGUACAUGUCCUAUGAGAAGGACUGUCGAAGGAAGUUAUAUUCAGCCGCCAACAACUCAUGGGAUAUUAAGAGCAGAAUAAAAUGAUUCUACAAGUCAAAUUGAUUAUAAUAGCUAUUGGGGAAGUCAAGAAGAAAUAUAAGAAUGAAAAGAUCCUAUAACCUCCAUAAUAAUAAUUAAACUUAUGGAUCAGAGGAAAAAUAUGAAACUAUUUGUUAGGACGUCAGCCAACACAAGUUGAAACAAUAUCUAAUUAUAAUAUAUAUAAUAGCUUGAAUUUCUCGGUAACAAGUCACAUGAGACAGAAUCUAGAAUAUGAUUAUACAAAUGGAAUGAUCACAUGAGAAAAACAAAA